GGAAACUUCUUCUGGAACAAGUCAAUCAAAUCCAUGGAGUAUAAAUUCAUCUUCUCCUUUUUGAUUCGAUAAUUCCAAUUGACGCGCAUUUGUUGAAUCUCCGUUUCGAAAUUCAAUCGGAAACCCUAAAUCUCUGUGCAGCAGAAUCAACGAGGACGAAGAAGAAGGUUCUAGAAAUAUGAGGAGAGUUUUCGGUGCGAAGAAACAAACGGAACCUCCUCCUUCCAUUCAAGACGCAUCCGAUCGGAUUAAUAAAAGAGGUGACACCGUGGAGGAGAAAAUCAAGAAGCUUGAUGUUGAACUUGCAAGAUACAAGGAACAGCUAAAGAAGACCCGGCCAGGUCCAGCUCAAGAUGCUGUAAAAGCUCGAGCAAUGAGAGUUUUGAAGCAAAAAAGAAUGUAUGAAGGCCAACGUGACAUGCUCUUCAAUCAGACGUACAACCUAGAUCAAGUUUCAUUUGCAGCUGAGGGAAUUAAAGAUGCUCAGCAAACAAUGUCAGCUUUGAAGUCUGCAAACAAAGACUUGAAAGGAAUGAUGAAGACAGUGAAGAUUCAAGAUAUAGAUAACCUACAAGAUGAAAUGAUGGACUUGAUGGAUGUGAGCAAUGAAAUUCAAGAGUCUCUUGGUAGAAGCUACAGUGUACCAGAUGACAUUGAUGAAGAUGAACUCCUCGGUGAGCUUGAUGCUCUGGAGGCCGACAUGGAUACUGAAGGCGAAGGAGUCCCUUCGUAUCUUCAACCAGACAAGGAGCCUGAUUUGGACGCAGAGCUUAGCCUACCAUCAGCACCAACAGGGCAUGGACCAAUGCCAGCUGGUAACCAGGCUUAUGAUGAACUAGGAUUACCUGCUGUUCCUCGCGCAUCAAUUCGCGGUUAAGGGAUUAGUGGUAUACUAAUGAUGACUUCAUUUGGGAUUAUUCUUUGUUUAUUGGGGAAACCUGGUGUAAACAUUAGUGUGCAGAGUAUAUCUUCAUUGUUGUUUCCAAAUGACCAUGUUGAUUUAUUGUGUAAUAAUGGACAUGAUGCUUGAAUUGUUUUCUGCACAUUCUGUAUAUCUUAUCCUA